CGGGACCCUGCGUGCUAAUAAAUCCCCCGUCCCUCCCAAAAGCUUCAUCCAUCAGGAGGGGAAGAGACGAAAAAAGGGUAACACAAGCCAUGGCGCAGCAGCUGCUGCUCCUCCUACCGGCGCCUUCCAGAAACUUCUCGAAGCCCGUCCCUUCCCCCUCCCCCCUACUAUGGAACCAUAUACCCCCAAUCUCCCUCAACCGCCGAGUAGUCACGUGCGUCGCCGCCGCCCGCCGCGACCUGCUCCGCUGUGGAAUGCGGCGCUCAGACUUGGUGUCGGAGUUGGAGCUCGCGAAGGGCAGGCAGCGGCAGGGUGGUCGUGCAAAUGCAAUAUUCUGGAUCUUGCUCAUUAAUUUUGGUCUCUAUGUUGCUGACCACUUUUUACAGAUCCGGCAGAUAAAGGCACUGUACCUGUACCAUGCUUACCCCAGUUGGUAUCAGUUUGUGACAUCAACUUUUUGCCAUGCUAACUGGAAUCAUCUCUCAAGCAAUCUGUUUUUUGUGUACAUUUUUGGAAAGCUUGUUGAGGAGGAAGAAGGUAACUUUGCUUUAUGGAUGUCAUAUAUUUUAACCGGCGCUGGGGCAAACUUGAUUUCAUGGUUAGUUCUUCCGACGUCCUCUGUGUCACUUGGAGCAUCAGGGGCUGUUUUUGGCCUUUUCACAAUUAGUGUUCUAGUAAAGAUGUCCUGGGACUGGAGAAAGAUUCUUGAGGUUCUUAUCCUUGGUCAAUUUGUUGUUGACAAAGUUAUGGAAGCAGCACGUGCAACCACUGUAACAGGCGCCGCAGUGCAAGUAAAUAACAUUGCACAUCUAUCAGGUGCUCUGAUCGGGGCUGCAUUAGUGGUCCUGAUCAAUAGAAUACCCUUAUCAUCCAAUGACGAUAGUCCAAAGACUGCAAAAGAUAGCAAGGACAAAAGGGGUUCAUUUUAGCUAACGGCGAUCCUAACAGAAUAUAUGAUUCUUAACUAUUGUUUUCUUGAUAUGUAGUUCUGAUUUCAGUUAGGAAAAAAGACAUUCCAUAGAAGCUUUACUGGGCAUAAUCACACUUGUAAGGUUCAUUGUGUGUAAGGUGAUGGACAACUAAAUUUCUGAACUAAAUUUGCUCUGGUCAUCAUCACACUUGUUAGGACAGGGGGCAAACUCCUGGAAUACCGCGUAUACUUGUUA